AUGAUGAUGAUUCUGAAUCUGAAUCUGAUGAUGAUGUGUGUAUAUGUGUGUGACCACUCUUCUCUAACCACCGAGGUACCAACCAUCGAGCACACCUACUCCAAGCAGAGCAACAGCAUCACCAUGGAGUUCACUGAGGUGUUUGGGGGCUAGCGGCUACAUCCUGCGGGCCAAGUCUGAGGUGGGAGACUCCUUCUCAGAGACGGUGGUGACCAGCUCCCCAGGCACGGUGCUGCAGUUGAAAGCCAUACACUGA